GCGCCGGCCUCCAUAUAACGCAGCCUCGCCGUCUUCCGUGGAGGUCACGCACGAGCAUCAUGACGUUGGUCCGCGUCACCUCGCCGUCCUUCAUCGGAACCCGAACCAGAAGCGACCUCCGCUGACGCAGCAUGCCUGCUCCCCGCCGUGCACCAUACGCGUAAUUGCGCAGCUGUCGCCUCGACAUGGAUCAGAACCCGCACUUCGCGGCCGUGUGCGUGCUGGUCCUGUCCCUCGGACUGUUGGCGCCCAGGGGGGGCUGUCAGCACUACUACCUCCUCCGUCCCAUCCCCAGUGACAGCCUCCCGCUCGUGGACUUAAAGGAGGACCCGGACCCCGUUCUCGACCCCAGGGAGCGGGACCUCAACGAGACCGAACUCCGGAGCCUCCUGGGAGAUUUCGACAGCCGCUUUUUGUCCGUGUCGCCGCCCGGCCAGGAUAAGUUCCCCGGAAACGACGAGCUGGAGGACGCGGAGCUCCAAAAGCCCGGCGGGGUUCUGCCCAAGGAGAUCCGGGCUCUGGACUUCGACGAGCAGUUCGGCAAGAAGCACAAAGCCAGCAAGAAACUGAAGCGGCGCCUGCAGCAGUGGCUGUGGGCCUACUCCUUCUGCCCGGUGGUCUACACCUGGACCGACCUGGGCGGCAGGUUCUGGCCGCGCUUCGUGCGCGUGGGCGGCUGCCUCGGCAAACGCUCGUGCUCGGUUCCGGAGGGCAUGGUGUGCAAGCCCGCCGCCUCCACCCACCUGGGGCUGCUCAGGUGGAGGUGCCUGCACAGGAAGGCGGGGCUCAAGUGCGCGUGGAUCCCCGUGCGCUACCCCGUCAUCACGGACUGCAAAUGCGCGUGCGCGAGCUAAUCGCUCGUGCUCCGAGUGUGGCUGACUCUCUGUUGUUUGUCUGAUUCUUUGUAACCUGCCGAGUGGACUUCGUGAACGACUCCAUAUGUCGGCACU